AUGUCUCCCUCUUUAAGUGAUCAUUCCUUUCUUGAUGUUGACGCGCCCGAUAAACUGUGUAAAGUUAUCCAGCGUAUCUUUACUUCCGCUAUCCAUGUCAGCAGCGUUUCUCCUCUUAACGGUCACCUACACCCACUUUGCCUUAUAUCACUAUCUAAUGGAGCUCGUCUCCUCUUGAAGUGUUCACCGACCCCGAUGACGCCGUUACUACGGCGGGAGAAAUUGAUACUAGAUACAGAAGCUCGUGCACUGGCUUUACUCAAACAAAGUGGGAUCCCUGAUAUUCCACCGAUCUUAUAUUACAAUUCUCGUGGUAGAUUGUGCGAGCCCACCUUUCUAAUGCGACAUUAUGUUACCGGGUCAACACUACAUGAGAUGGAGCCCUGGCUUACGCUACAGAAUCGAAAAGAUAUCGACCGACGCUUGGGAGUCCUUGCCUACAGGAUCGGACAACAUGUAUCCGACUCCUUUGGAACUCUGGAACAGGUAGCUAGCGGAGCUGGAAGACGAUCCUGGCGAGAGGCGUUUGUUAUUCUGUUUGAAAGCAUCCUUCGUGACUCGGAAGACGUCUUUGUCAACCUUCCUUAUGCUGAGAUUAGGCACCAGCUCAGUCGAUUAUCACCAGCACUUGAGGAGGUUACUCGACCACAGCUAGUGACCAUUGACUUUGGCCGACCUGCGCAAGUGCUAGUGGAUCCCGAAUCCAAACAGCUGUCUGGGAUUGUAGAUUUGGGUAAAGCAAUAUGGGGUGACGUCUACAUGGCCGAAAUCUUUGAAGAACCAUCGUCUUCCGUGCUGGAUGGCUUUGGAACGCGGCGGGUGAAAAGUAAGAUGGAGAGGAUACGGCAGCUUCUGUAUGCUUGUUAUCGUUCUGUUGAAAGAGUCACCGUGCAAUACUAUCGGAAUAGAGACAUGAUCGCGGAGAACGAUGCGAGGAGGCGGUUAACGACGAUAUUGACGGAGAUGGCAGCUAUGUAA